AUGGCGCCGACUGCAGUAUCGUCCGCGACCACCCUCUCCCCCGCAACAGCCGCCAAAGAUGCGUCCUCCGGCACACCGCAGCAAUCGCUCUCGGCACUGACCGACUACCACCUAGACUACACGCUCUGGGAUCCGACGUCACCGCAUUCCCCCAGCUCGCAGCGGUUCGUCGCCUCGCUGCGACGGGCGAUGGUGGGGAUCGGAUUCUUCUAUCUGCACGGCACGCCGCUCGACUCGAAGCGCGCUGCGAUGUUCGACUUGGUCUCGCGGUUUUUCGCGCUCCCGCUCUCUGAACGGCUGAGUAUCGACAUGGAUCGCAGCCGACACUUCCGGGGCUACUGCAUGUUCGGCGAUGAGCGGACGCAGCAAAAGCAGGAUCUGCGGGAUCAGGUGGACUAUGCGCCCGAAGUAGACCGCGUCGACGAUGCGCGGUUGUUGGAGGCGUAUCCGUUUUUGAAUCUGUAUGGGCCGAAUCAGUUUGUGGGCGACGAGGUGUGCGCGGGUCACCGGCGCAUUGUACUCGACUGGUUCGAGACGGCGAAUGAGGUGUCGAACCAGCUGACGCGCGCGAUCGAGCUGGCACUGGGUGUCGACGAGGGGGAGCUAUCGCAGUUCUUGACGGGCAAAACCACAUCGCACGCGAGCGGCGAUGAGGCGUUGGACCGACUCGGAGCGCUGCCGUAUGCGCGCAUGAAGACCAUCCGCUACCCGCGCGGGGCGGUCGUCGACGGCAUCACGCGUUCCGAUCCAACCUCGACCCAAGGUGUCGGCGCACACAAGGACAGCGGCUGGCUCACGCUGCUCGCGCCCUCGGCCGACGUCGGCGGCCUGGAAGCCCAAGACUUUACCGGCUCCUGGCUCACCGUCCCGCACGUGGACGGCUCGAUCAUCGUCAACUUCGGCCAGCAGGUCGAGUUUCUCACCAACGGCAUCGUCCAGUCCGCCACGCACCGCGUCGUCUCCAACCCGAGCGCCAAGCACGACAGGUUCUCCGUCGCCUUCUUCAGCUCGCCCGCCCUGAACACGUUUUUGCAACCGCUCGACUCGGCCAGGUUCAGCGCCGAGCUCGUCGACGCGUGGAAGCGCGCAGAGGCGCACAGGAACGGCGGGGACAUCGUCAGCGACGUACCCAAGGGCGAUCUUUUCGCCAAGGCCAACGAGCCGUUUGGUUGGAUCAACUGGAGAGGCAUCGUGAGGAGCCAUCCUGGCGUCGUCAAUGCUUUCUAUCGCCAUCUCGUGCAGCAGUGA